AUGAGCUACUACAGCAGCGACGACGACAUUGACGUCCGCGUCCGUCGUCGGCGGGACUCUUCGUCGCCUGGUCCCCGGCGCCCGCUCCGCGGCUAUUAUGCGACCGGGCCGGUAGCCAAUUUUGUGCCGGAACGCACAGUUGAGCGCACGGUGGCGGUGCGCGAGCGUUCUCGUGAGCGGCGGUCCAGUCCGCCGCCGACUGUGAUUGUCAACAACAUCACGAAUCGUUCGCACGACGAUGACGACUUUUCUGACGCGGGCACGGGCGUCCGUGGCGGGGCCAUGGUGCGGCGGCCACACUCGCGUGCCCCGUCUAGUGACUACAUGACGCGCGAGGAGUACGAGUUGGAAAAGGCGCGGCGCGAGCUGCAGGACCUCAAGAUCCGGCAAGCACGCGCGCAAGAGGAGCUCGAGCUGCACGUCCGACGCAACGAUCGAGAGGAGUGGGAGCUAGAGCGUGCACGUCGGGAGAUUGCGGCGUAUCAUGCGGAGGAGGAAGAGCGUGCGCGGCGGCUGCGCGGACAGGAAGAGAUGGAGACGGCGCGGGCUCUGCAUGAGCUGGAGGAGAUCAAGCGACGCGAAGAGCGCGAGCGGAUCGAGAAGGAGCGCGAGCGGAUCGACAAGCUGCGGGAGAAGGAUUACCACAGCCAGGCGGAGCUGGACCGGGCGAAGCGCGAGCUGGAUGAGAUCAAGAGCCGUGAGGAUCGCGAGCAGGCCUUGAAGGAGCGUGAGCGGUUGGAGAAGCUACGGGAGAAGGAGUACCGCAACCAAACAGAUCUGGAGCGAGCCAAGCGCGAGCUAGACGAGAUCAAGAGCCGCGAGGAGCGGGAGCGGGCAGAUAAGGAGCGGGAGCGGAUCGAGAAGCUGCGGGAGAAGGAAUACCGCAACCAGACGGAGAUGGAGCGGGCCAAGCGAGAGCUGGACGAGAUCAAGCGGCGUGAGGAGCACGAACGGUCAGAGAAGCUGCGGGAAAGCCAGUACCGCAACCAGACAGAGCUGGAGCGGGCGAAACGCGAGCUGGACGAGAUCAAGCGGCGCGAGGAACGCGACAUGGAGGAGAAGCGGCUGAAGAAGGAGCUGGAGCUUCGGGCGCUGGAGAAGCAGAAGCGUGAGAUGGAGGAGCAGGCAGAGCGCGAGCGGCUGGAGAACGAGACGAUUGCGCGGUACAAGGCCAGAGAGGCGGAGCGCAAGGCCAAGGAAGAGCGCGAGCGGGCAGAGAAGGAGAAGGAGUACCAGCGGCGACUGCGCGAAGAUCUGGCGCGAUCGGGACUGGACGAGAAGGAGAUCCAAGCGAUCCUGGAGAAGAAGAAAAUCAAGCGCGAGAAGGAAGAGAAGCACGAGAAACACGAGAAGCAGGAGAAAGAGAAGCACAAGGAGGUGGUCGAGGUGGAGACACGCAUCUCGACACGGCCACCGAUGCCGAUGCCGAUGCCUAUGACGAUGUCGAUGCCAAUGCAGCCACCAAUGCAGGCGCCGACAUAUACGCGGAUGGCCCGGCGGCACCUGUCGAUCGAGACGCUCAACUACUAUCACGUGGACUACGACUUCGACCAGGAUCCGAACUACAUUCUCAUCAAGCGCUGGGUGCCAGAGAACGAGCGGGAGGAUUGGUGGCAGCACACGAAGACGAUCCGGGAGAACCGCCGGGUGGUGCUGAAGAUCGAGGACGAACGCCAUCACCGCCACCAUCUGGAGCCGGAGUACGAGUGGGUGCGCAAGAAGGAGCGGCGCCACAGCCGCAGCCGUAGCAAGUCACCGGGCCUGCUGAUGUACCUGGCAGGGGCGAAAUAG